UCCGUUUCAGUAGUCAGGCACUAUAACCAGCCGAACCGCUACAACAAUAAACAAAGUCGACCAGUAGUCUAGAAUAACUUGUUUUUUUAAAUAAACUUUUCCAAAAUGGGAAAAGUAGCCGUUGUCUCGCUUGUAAUAGCUGCCUUAUCGGUGCUGCUCGGAGAGAGGAUUGUAAAUAUCAGGAAAAGGACCUUGGCUUCAAGGGAGCUGGUCCAGAAUCACCUCCCCAACUGUGUUGCACUCAAAAAUCUUGAUUCUGGCUCAGAGGAUAUAACGAUCCUUGGAAACGGACUUGCCUUUAUCAGCACUGGUUUGAAGCAUCCUGGACUUCCAUCCUCAGAUGUUAUAGGAAAGAUCUACACCCUUGAUAUGAAAGAUCCUCGGAUGAAACCAGCGGAGGUGCGCAUGCCAAGAAAUUUUGAUCUGGAGUCAUUCAACCCUCAUGGCAUCAGCGUGUACAUCGAUCCAAGUGAUGACGCAAUAUACCUGUUUGUCGUCAGUCAUCCUCAACACAAAAGCCAAAUAGAGCUGUUCAAAUUUGUUGAGGACAACCACUCACUGGAGCACCUGAAAACCAUAAAGCAUGAACUUCUCCACAGUGUAAACGAUAUUUUGGUAGUGGGAGUGGAUAGCUUCUAUGCCACCAACGAUCACUACUUUACUCAUGAAAUCCUCAAAGGUUUGGUGGAGCCUCUUCUGGCUCAGCCUUGGUCUAAUGUUGUGUACUACAGUCCUGAGGAAGUAAAAGUGGUCUCUGAAGGAUAUUACUUUGCAAAUGGCAUUAAUAUCUCACCGGACAAAAGGCAUAUAUAUGUGGCAGAUCUAUUUGACCAUAAUGUGCAUGUAUUGGAGCGGAAAGAAGACAAUGCAUUAGUCUCAGUGAAGUCUGUGGCUGUGGGUUCACUCUGUGACAACAUUGAAGUGGAACCUGAAAGUGGUGACCUGUGGUUAGGCUGUCACCCUAAUGGAUGGAAAGUUUUCAUGUUCGACCCCAAAGACCCACCUGGAUCAGAGGUCAUCCAAAUCCAGAACAUUCAUUCAGAUAAGCCAGAGGUGACUCAGGUGUACGCUGACGACGGCCAUGUGAUCUCUGGCUCCUCUGUAGCAGCUACCUAUGGGGGGAAGUUGCUCAUUGGUACUGUGUUCCAUAAAGCCCUGUGCUGUGAUUUGAAGUAGGCAAUUACUGCUGGAAAAAUGACUGAGCUUUUUGCAAAGCUCUCAAUUAGACAAGGCAAUGAUGAUAUACAUGGCUAUUACAGCACUGGCUUUAGGGGGAAAGGCUGAUAACAGACCCCGAAAAGAGCCUGAAAAUCCAGAAGGAGCUUGAGGAAAAUAGAUGAAUUGUAUUUACAUGAUUUAAUGGCAAUGAGCCCUGGGGACAACUUUCUUAUAUACAGUCUAUGAGUCCAACAGCAUAUUUGAAGGUGGUCUCAAACCCAGAAGUUACUGAACUACCCAGAUACUUGAACCGCUGUGAAGUAAGUACUUGCAAAACAGAUUAAUUUCAACCUAACAUUCAUAUAUAUUUGCUUUGCUGUGUAUCAUGAAAUUAAUAUUUUUCACUGGUCACCUGCAAAUUUUAAAUCUCUGCAGAUGGAUUGUAUUGAACUUAAUGGUUUACUUGUCUUAAUUGCAUAUUUGUUUCAUGUAUUUGAAUGUAAAUAAAACAACAAAGAGAGUCUUGAUGCAACUGUAGUUUGUCUUGUGGUUCAAUAAGUGUGCACUAAAAAGAUGUGUGAAUGUACACAAAAAGACUGAAUAUAAAUCUGGAUGUUAUAUAUCUCCAUUUUGGGCCCAAUCCCAAUGUCCCCCCCCCCC